CGAAUAUUUAAGACACAGUCAUCAAUGUCGCAUUCAGUUUGGCUGAAAUUGUAGAGAAUGGCGCACCGUUUGAUAUUCUUGUCCAUUUUGUGUGGGCAUCUUAUAUAUUUGGGGAAUUGUUCAGCACCUAUUCAAAGUAGCGCCAAUGUAGCGCCUUUUCUCACCUAUCUUUGUGAUGAUGAUUUAUUGAAGAGCGCAGUAAACAAGGUAGAGCAUUUGAGCCUCAAAUUAGAGAAUUAUAAUUUACGUAUGCAAAGCGAAUUAAGGGCAAUGAAGGAGCAGCUUAUAAGUGAAGUAAAGAAGAAUCAGAAAUCAGCGCCAACUGCAACCAAAAAACCAUCUUCUUGUACCGAAGCAAUGCGUCAAGAAAACGGGAAAUAUGCAGAGAGUGGUGUUUAUGAACUUUACUUGCCGGAAUUCCUUCAUCACGCCUUCUAUGUUUAUUGCCUACGUGAUCCCAAUGGCGGCGAACCAUGGACUAUAAUUCAACGUAGACAAAGCAACGACACCGACUUCUAUCGCGAGUGGGUUGAGUAUGAACGCGGUUUUGGUGAUUUGAAUGCCAAUUUCUUUCUCGGCUUGGAUAAAAUACAUGCAUUGACUCAUUCGCGAUCGCAUGAGCUUUGGUUUCAAUUAGAAGAUUUUCAAAAUGAGAAACGUGUUGCUAAGUACGAAAGUUUCGCUAUAGGCAAUGCUCAGGAUAAGUAUGAGUUAAUUGCGCUUGGUCAAUAUUCAGGCACAGCCGGUGACUCGUUCUCUGCCCAUCGCGGCGAAAAAUUCACCACUAAAGAUAGUCAUAACGACAAAAAUAGUGAUAACUGUGCAGUGCUAUAUACGGGCGCUUGGUGGUAUCAGAAAUGUCAUGCCAGCAAUCUGAACGGUCUGUAUUUAGGAGGAGAGUUUCCGAAGGAUCAGUAUGCCAAAGGAGUAGUGUGGCAUGCCUGGCGUGGACAUUACUAUUCCCUCAAAUAUGUGCAUAUGGCUAUAAGACCGAAGUAUCACUGAGUUAGUCGUUUGCAAUUGAAAAUCAUAGCCUCCAUAAGUUUUUAACUUUACUGACAUUAAAGUUUUUUGAGCAAUAAAUACUUUAUUUUUGAGAAAA